UGUCCAUAUGCCAACUCAACUUGUUAAGAUCAUUAAGAGGAUCUUUUUUAGUCUUGACAUUCCUGUGGGAGCACCAAGAAUGAUUUUUUUGCCUGAUGAAUUUCUGUUCCUGAGCAUUGUUUUUGCGGUUUUACCUCAUUCAAAUGUUGGAUUACUAUCCGACUACAAGAUCUGUGGAGAUACAGAAUGUGAAAGCUUAAUGAGCAGGGUGCGAGCUGUCAGGGAUCACCAUGGCAAGGACUGUCGUUUCUUGAACUUCCGACAAGGAGACUCGAUUUCUGUUUACCACAAGCUGACUGGAAAGUGGAGUGAUAUCUGGGCAGGCAGUAUUCACAAACAGUUUGGUUAUUUUUCAAAAGAAGAUGUGAAAGAGGAACAGGCAUUUACAAAUCAGGAGAUAAGAGUUGAAACACAGGAAUCUGAUUUUCUUUGUAUGGAUGAGUUUGGCUACCCCAUUGACUCCAGUCAUUUGGAUACUAAUGAUGAGGACUCUGAUCUGAAGAGUCCACCCAAGGAAGCUGGAACAAGUCAAACAAUUUACUCUGAUGAAACCAAAUCUGCAAGUCCUACACCAUUUAAAGAUGUUUUAACAGUACCUGAAACAACAUCAGGAGAAGUGGAUGAAGACAAUAAGGAGGGCGGUGGUACUGCCAAGACCCUCCAAGCAUCUCCUGAGAUUCCUACGGCACUGAAGGAACAAGGUGGGUCUCCUGCCUCAUCCUGGCUCAGUUCUUCAGUGACAGAAUGGUUAGCCCUAGAAAAGGAGGAGGAACCUGGCAAUUUGGCUACGGGGGAGCAAAAAGCUCUACAACAGAUGCAGGCAGAAAAUUCCUUCACGUCUUCAGUGACCGGGUGGCUGGGGUUAAAAAAAGAAGAAAAAUCAGAGUCUGUCAAAGACGACAUAAACAGUGGACAGCAGGAAAUAGGAACAGUGGAUUCUUUUACUUCGACAAUGACUGGAUGGCUUAGCUUUGGGGGCGAUAAAAUAGAAGACUCUUCCACAGCAAAGGAAUAUGAUGACAAAAAAGAAAUGGAAGGAGACAACUUUAGGAGCAGAAAAAUGUAUCUGGACUUAGACACACCAAAAUUACAAGAAGGGGAUAAUAAAGAGAUGGGGACAUUGGAAUGGCUAGGAAAUGGACUGUCAAGCACACUGGCGUUUGGCCUGAAUAGCCAAGAUGCUAGAGACAAGAUACAACUCAGUAGAGGAGAGCUAGAGGAUGAAGAGAAACAGCCAGGAUCUGGUUCUUGGUUUGAUUUGGGUAUUAAGGAAAUUUUAGCAUUCAGAAAAGAUAACAAUGAAGAUGACAAAACUAAACCAGACACAGAGUUUGAUGACUUUGUGCAAGGAAAUGCUGACGUUAACGUAAGAGAAACAUUUACUGAUAGCAAGACUACGGCAUUAGAUGGUUCACCUCAGGUUGAUCAAACAUAUAACUCUCCACAAAACAGGUUACAGGACAUCUCCCCAGUGCCAAUAUUCACUGAUGCGAAACCUGAGUCUGCAGGACAGUUGGUGAGUGAGAUUGAGUAUUCUGAUGAGGAACAGGCGGGUUUGGAGGUUGGUGGAGUGAAGAGUGGGUUUGAGUCCUUCCUAGAAUCUGAGGGGAAUGAGAAACAGGGAGCUUUAUGCGAAGAGAAAGGUGAGGACGUAGAAGUGGACAGAGAUUUACAAGAGAACCAAGAUGAGAAGGAGGUGUUAGCAAAAAAGAAUCAGGAUGACAAACAGGAAACGCAGGAGAACUUAGAUUUUACUAGUGACAACACUGCAGACACUGAGACACAUUGUGAGUUCUUAAAGAAAGAAGGAGAUAGUUCUCCAAAAUUCAGUUCAAACUACUCCAAAAAUACUAAAAUAAUAUGUGACAAUCCACCAGAAGAGGAAAAAUGGAAAACACCCACUCAAGAUAUCAAAGAUGCACCAGCAUUUGGUUCUCAAGUGACAGACUUUUUCAAAGAAAGUGGCUUUAAGUCUUCUCCAUGGUCUGAAGUGGAAGAAUCCAAGGAAGAUGAGAAACGUAAGGAAUUCAACGAAGAUGAAAAUCAGGAGAUGGAAGAGCGAGAGGAUGCUAAUGGAAAGCAAGAGAAGGUGGAGGACUUAGUCGAAAGAGGGGCGUUAGAAGAGUAUAGCUAUAAAGACAAGGAAAUGCCAGAUAAUUUAGAAGGAUUACAUGAGAAGAAGCAAAAGGAAAAGGAGGAGUUAGAAUAUGUCAAGCAGGAAGAGGGGGAAAAGAGGGGUAGGCAGGAGAAAGUGGUGUUAGAAGAGAUCAAGCAGGAAGAAGUGAAGAUGGCAGAGAGGUUUGAAGCUGAAGAAGAAGCAGAUGAAUACAUAGAGAAGUUUGAUGAGUUAAAGGAUGAGAAGCAUCAAGAGUUGGAAGACAUGGAGAAGCAGGCGCAGGUAAACAUUUUUCAGAAGAAAAAGAAUGAGGAAGAUGGUGAGUUAGUAGAGGAUUUGAAAGAGGCUGACAAAUUUUUACAGAUGGAGUUAGAACAAUCAAAGUGGAAAGAGAUCCAAGAGAGGGACAUACUGGAAGAUAUGGUCGAGAUAUAUGAGACGUCUAAAGAAGUGAAGGUGUCGGUACAGAAUAAGGAAGAGAUGUUGGAAGAGUUCAAAGAAAGAGACAUACGGGAGGAUAAGGAGAAGAUCAAUAACAAAAAGUCUGUUGAAGUGACGGAGUUAGCACAAAAUAAGGAAGAGAAGUUGGAAAAGUUCAAAGAAAGGGACAUACAGGAGGUUGCAGAGGAGAUCAAUGGCAAUAAGUCUGAAGAAGUGAUGGAGUUGGUACAGAACAAGGAGGAGAAAUUGGAAGAGUUCAAAGAAGAUGGGAGCAAGGACAUUUUAGAGCACUUAGAAGACGACAAGCGAAAUGAAGCAGAAGAGUUAUUUGAGGAGGAGUUAGCGAAUGUGAAGUGUGAAGAGUCAAAACAGAGGGAUGGACAAGAGGAUGUGGUUGAGUUGGAGAACAAUACGUUGGAAGAAAUUAAGACGUUUGUAGAGAAGACACAAGAAAAGGAUGGUCCAUUAGUAGAGAAGUUAGAAGACAACAAGGAGUUAGUAGAAAAUAGGAAAUUGGCAGAAUUAAAAGACAAACUGGAGGAGGGGGAAAGGUUCGCUGAGGAAAAGCAGGAGGAGGUAGGUGAGUUUAUGGAGGAAGAGUUUGAACAUGAGAAGCAGGAAGAUCUGAACAGAAGUGAUGAGCAGGAUAAAAGUGAACAGUUACAAAAGAAAAUGGAAGAAGAGAUUCAAGAAGUUCAAGAGAAGGGAACAUGGCAAGAGUUAAUGCAGAUAAAAGACAAGGGACAACAACCGUGGGUAGAAGAAAGUAAUAUGGAGCUAAAGACGGCUGAAAACAAGCAGAGAGCUCAUGAUGUGGUGGAUAGAAGAAAUGUUAAAAAGGAAAUGGAGAGUCUUGGCUGUGUGGAUGAGCUUUGUACUUGGUCACAUCAAGAUGGAAACAAAGAAGAAAGAGAAGAAAACAACUCUGAGGGUGGAUCAGGUUUGCUAUCUGACACACAGGAGAGUAUGUCCUUAGAGAACAUGCAGCAUGAUAAGAAUUGGAAGUUAUUUGAAGUUCCCACUGUUUUUAGCGGUAAAGAUGAUGAUGGGAAAGGUGACACUAAACACACAGAAAAUGUUAUGCUAGAUUUAGAUGAGAAAGAUGACAGGGGUCCUCAGAAGAUUCCACAUCUUCAGUAUUCAUUUGAGAUUAUUGAAAAAGCAGACAUGUGUACUGGAAUGGAUGCAAAAUGUGACAGUAAAACCAACACCAAUGGAAAGCUAGCAGAACCAAUGCCCUCUAAAGUCCAGUUUGAUGAAAAUGAUCAAACGACAACAGAAAGUGAAGGAGUAUUUAGUCUUUUUAAAAAGGUUGUUUUCUCAUUUGGGCAGAGGCCAAUCAGCAAAAUCGAAGAAUCGACAGAAUCUUUUAUUUCAGGGUUUGAUGGAAAAACAAUCCCUCAGACUCCUGAACAAGACUCCACAACAAAUCUUCGUAAAGACUUUCAAAAAGAGCUUCAUCCGCCAACGCCAAUGCCAACAUUAAGUUCUCGUCUGACUUCUCCACCUGUAAAGCCCCACCAACCUGACACCCUCCCUAAACACUACAAGAACAUACAAGAGCAUAUGAGCUUUAGGGAGAUAACUAUUUUGACUGACCUACUUGGGAAGAACAAAGUGCACUUUUUGGAUUACAUUCUUGACGGUGAGGAGUUUUUUCCUGAAGAUGCUGACAGUGAUGACUCUAUACUGUUCGAUAUAGAGACACUUCUGAAUUACCACAAGGAGACACUGUUUCCCCCAAGCAUAAGACUCUCUGAUGCACCAGAGGAGAAUAAGGAAAAGACCAGAACAAUCACAGCACUUCAGAAGCUAGAAAUACUGCUGGAAAAAGUGCGUCAUGCUUUCAACAGCAGAAAAUCAGAGAAUAAAGCUCAACCAAGCUAUGUCGGGGAAACUACAGAGGCGGAGUCUAGUCAAACAAUGGGGUUGAUAGUGGAGGAAAAGAAGGAUCAUGGCUAUGAAAGAAGAGGUGAAACAGAAAGAGUGUCCCCGAAGGAAUACCACAGUCAGACUGGACCACCACAGGCACUGGAAGGGAUAAAGAAGCAGAUUCAGGAUUUUAUUCAUUUGGUUCAGCCAUCUUCUGAAGUUCAUGCAGUGAACGACUUCCUCAAAUGGUCUAAUGUGCAGGUUGUAUCAUCACUUCCUGAUGACAUCAGACCCGGACCUGACCUGUACGGGGUCCCAUGGGAGCCAGUUGUCAUCUCCAGUUUUCUGGGGCUGAUGGUACUGUUGCUGUUCAGUUGUAGAUGUUACAGCUCUGUCAAAAGCAGAAUGUAUCAACGUAAAGAGCAGUGGAUGGCUGAGCAGGUUGCACAACAGCUUGACGAGAAGUGUAAAGUCCUUGAGACUCUCAGUAAAUGUCAACAAGAGUACGAGGAGCUGGAGAACUCACUAAGGGACAGUGGUGUGUUGGCCCAAACCCAAAAGACAAGAGAUCUUGAGAUCAAAGCCCGACAGUUAAACGAUGCUAAAACUGAACAGGAAGAACAUCUUGAACAACUAAAAGAUCAGUUGUGUCAGAAAAGAGAUCACAGGCUAGAGGAGGAAAAAAAGAUAGCGUUCCUCGAGGAGAGCAUGAAAACAAUGGAGGAAGAAAUCAAGGAGUUCCAAUCACAGGAUGAACAGUCACAUACGACACUUAAAGUGUACGGUAUGAACAGUGACCGACUACAGAGGAACCUGGAAUCAGCCGGAGAAGAAAACGUACUGCUUCUCGAGAGAAACACUCAGUUAAGGCAGCAGGUGGAAGGAUGGGCCGAACGAGUGAGUGAGCUGGAGCAGGAGAUGAGGAGGUGUGAAAUGGCCCACAUCGGAAUGCUACAGGAUGUGGCCAAUAAGGAUGAACGUAUUAUGUCUCUCACUGAUCGGCUGCUGGGAAUGAAAGCUUGGGAUGCUGAACUUGAAGGGACUCCAGGGAGAGACGAAGAGAAUGGAAAAGCAGACUCUUCACAAGUCCAUCUCCAGAAAGUGCAGAAACUUAUUUACGCUGCUAAGUUAAAUGCAGACCUCAAAUCUGUAGAUGAAGACAAGGACAGAGUGUUUGCCAAACUGAAUGAUGAAGUAAAAGCUAAAGAAGAUUUAGAAGUGAGCAUUAAGGAAUUGGAGACUGAGCAAUUAUCUAUGCAAGCAGAUACAAAGCACUACUCAGACGAGGUCGAGCGACUGCAACAGAAACUCCAAAUUAUGACUGAAAUGUACCAAGAGAAUGAGCUCAAACUACACAGGUUGCUCACAGUUGAGGAAAAGGAGCGCCUGCAGAAAGAAGAAAAAUUAAAUAAAGCAGAUAAAAACAUUGCUUUGGCCAUGGAAGAACUCAACAACUACAGGCUUCGUGCAGAGGAGAUGGAGGAAGAGCUGGAGAAAACCAAGCAGUCAUAUCAAACCCAGAUUUCAGCCCAUGAGAAGAAGGCCCACAAUAACUGGCUGGCAGCCCGGGCAGCAGAUAGAGAGCUAGCAGACUUCAAGAGAGAGAACGCCCUCUUCAGGCAGAAGAUUACAGACACACAGUUUAAGAUGGAAGCCCUCGACAAAGAUCCUUUUGCCUUGGACAGUCUGGCCAGGCCUUUACCUUUCCGAGCUGAAAGACUGCCAUAUGGUUCUUCUCCUCUCGGUCGACCUGCGUCUGAAAGCCGAGCUUUACUUUCUCCUCCAACACUUAUAGAAGGGCCUCUGGCCAGAUUGUCACCCAGAGUGCCCCGUUCUCUAGGAGAGCCCCCCAGUGGCCAAGGAGAGCUGGAGCGGAGUGGAGGUCCACGCUCAGACAGUGGCUCUAUUUCUCCAUCAUGGGAAAGAGACCGCAGGGGACCCCCACCUGGACCCCUACCGAUGCCCCCUGGGCCACUUCCACCUCAAGGCUAUAUGUUUCAUGAACCAGGUGGUCCCAUGUACAGGAGGCCUGGUCCACCCCCAGGAGUAAUGGGCCCUCUGCCACCUCCGGGUCCUCCUUUUCCCCAUCCAAGAGGUCUUCCUGCAUCUGGGCCCCUGGGACCCUUACACCCCGUAGACAUGACAGAUGGCACAUACAGAGAAAACAGCAUCAGACCUGAAUUGGAUCACAGAGAGCCUUUUGGGAGUGAUCGAAGAACUCCCCCUGAAUCAGAUCGGAGAAUGGAGGCACCACCUCCUGGACCACCAUUGGGUCCCAUAGACGGUUCCUUUCCUCGAAGAUUCCCCUAUGGACCUCCCGAUUUUUACCCUCCCAGGGGACCUGGAGGACCUCCAAGAGUGCAGAUGUGGGCUCCUCCACCAGGGAUGUUCCCUCCCCGUUUCCCUCAUGGUGGACUUCCUCCUCCUCCUCACCUGCUAUCUUACGGUGCCCCGAUGCGGCCUCCUCCACCAGAUGGCCCCUUCAUGGGUCCUUCCCCAUUGCAGCAGAACCUACCUGCUCCGCCACACAGCCAGUUGCCAGAUGAGCGCACAUCCUCUCCUUAGGGUGCCAUUUGAACUUCCUCAUACAAGUGACUUCAUGGCCUUCAUCGCUAUUUAAUGAUAACGAUGAAGGCUGUAGAGUCAAUGAUGAAUGUCAAUGGAAGGGAACCAAGUUAAUCAUCAUUGUCCUUGUUUAGUUUCAGUCUGUUCACGGGUCAUCAGUUUCAUUUACUGAUAGAUACUGCAGUUAGACUUCCCAUGGUCUAAUGUAACUGAGGUGCCGACCUGAGAUUUAGGCUGGUUCUGCCAAAGUCAUUAGAGAAUGUUUAUUUUUUUAAUCACUGGCUGAAUGACAUUUAAUCCAGGAUGCUUGAGGUAGCGUACAUAGGGACACAUCUUUGGUUAUUUUAUUAUUUUGCUUUGAGAGAGGUGAUUUAGUUGAACAAAACACAACAUGUCUAAGUGAUGUGUGCAUUGGGCUAAAUUAACUCAAUGAAGGUACUAGGUAAAUCCAGAUUAAAAAAAAAAAAAAAAGAUCAACAUUUUUCAGGCUGAGUACAAUUGUUGCAUGGUUUUAAUUACCCACUCUUUUGUUUUCAUGGUCUUAUUAUGUCAGACUAAAGUGAGUUAAGUUUUGCAGUGGUCUAAAGAGAGCCUUUUUUAUCUGUACUUUAGAAACUGAAUUGUCUGUGAACUUACCAAGGCCAUAAGUUAUUUGUGAAUUUUUGUAUAUAUAUAUAUAUAUAUAUAAGUAUAUGAUGAAAAAAAAACAUUAAAUGAAUAAAUUUUAAA